AUGCCUUCGCACACCCUCCUGCGCUCCUCCCUCGCGCCCCUCCGCCGCCAGGUCGGCUCAGCGCGCCGUCAUACCUCGUCCAUUAACACCCUCCUCCAGGCGUUCAAGGAUCCGUCAUCGCCCUUCCACAUUCGCCCGGGCGAGACGGGUCCCGCCUCGCCCGAUGAAGAGCCAGCUGACGCGCCACACGACUCCCGAGCGACCGUGGAUAAAGGCACGGACAGCCCGCCCUCGCAUUCAGUGCGGCGGACCUCUCCCCGGGACGCGUCGCCAGCCUCUCUGGCCGAGGCUCGUGCGGCGCUCGUCGACCGCGGGUUUGACCCUGACGUCCUUUGGACGCAGAAGAUCGUCUGGGGCGACCUCGAUAGCUUUCAGCACGUCAACAAUGUCCGUUACGUGCGAUUCUUCGAGACGUCCCGGAUCCACUGGAUGUCGACCUUCGGAGAGCGCUUCGGCGGCCCGUCUGCCGCAGAGGCGCUGCUCAAGGGCAAGGGCGUCUCGUUGAUCCUCAAGUCCAUCCAGGUCAACUUCAGGCGGCCCGUGACGCAUCCCGACACGCUCAUUGUGGCGCACAAACCGCAUCGGCCCGCCUCGACUGAAUUGGCAGCGGAUGCGACACACCUGCACCUACGUGCCUCGGCAUAUUCCCUGAACCAGCGAGCGUUCGUUGCCCACGCCGAGGAAGUUGUCGUGUGGUACGACUACGACAGGCUGAAGAAGUGCACGCCCGAGCAAGGUUUGCUCAAUGCGGUCUGGGCGACUGCGGGAAAGCGGCGAAAUUGA